AGCGACGCGUCCCCAGCGGUGCCGAGACCGCCCCGGCCCCGCUCCAGCCCCGCCGCCAUGGCCACCCGCUCCUGCCGGGAGAAGGCGCAGAAGCAGAACGAGCAGCACCAGGCCAUCCUGGCCAAGCUGCUGCGGGAGGAGGACAACAAGUACUGCGCGGACUGCGAGGCCAAGGGUCCAAGAUGGGCCUCUUGGAACACCGGUGUUUUUAUUUGCAUCAGAUGUGCUGGAAUACAUCGAAAUCUUGGGGUCCAUAUAUCAAGGGUCAAGUCUGUCAACUUGGACCAAUGGACACCAGAGCAAAUACAGUGCAUGCAGGAAAUGGGAAAUACUAAAGCAAGACUACUCUAUGAAGCUAAUCUACCAGAGAACUUCCGCAGACCUCAAACAGAUCAAGCUGUGGAAUUUUUCAUCAGGGAUAAGUACGAAAAGAAGAAGUAUUAUGAUAAAAAUGCAGUUAAUGCCUUCAAUAUAUCCUCUUCUGAUGCUGCUCAGCCUUUGGCAUCCUCUCCUUCUCUGCAAGCUGCUGCUGAGAAGAGCAAAGCAGAGAAGGAAAAAGAAAAAAAGAAAGAAGAGAAAAAGAGAGAGAGAGAAUCAGAAAAACCAUCAAAACAAUUAGCAGUUGAAAAGCCACUGAAGAAAGAGGAUCAGCAAUCAGAAGCUAAAGCAAGUCCAAAAAAGUCAUCGGAACCCACUAUUGACCUUUUAGGACUUGAUGGUCCAGCUGAAGCAUCUGUUACAAAUGGAGGCACUGCUGCUGUCACAGCGCUGAAUGAUGACCUGGAUAUCUUCGGUCCAAUGAUCUCUAAUCCUUUACCAGCAGCUGCUGUACCUCCUGCUCAGAGCACUUCCACUAAACCAGCAGCUGCCACCUUGUCUGCGGCAUCCGGGGAUCUUGAUCUAUUCACUGAGCAAACAACAAAAUCCGAAGAAUCAGCAAAGAAACAACUCUCCAAAGACUCCAUCUUAUCACUGUAUGGCACAGGAACCAUGCAGCAGCAAAAUGCUCCAGGUAUGUUCAUGGGGUCGUCCUCUAUGCCAUUUACCACACAACCAUCCACUCAUUUUCAAGGCUUUCCAGCCAUGGGAGUUCCUGUGCCUGCAGCAACUGGGAUGAUGGGAAACGUGAUGGGACAGUCGGUGCCAGUCAUGGGACAGAGCACAGGCGUGAUGGUAGGAAUGGGAAUGCCCAAUGGAUUUACUGGUGCUACACAAACUGGUGUGAUGGGACUUCCUCAAAAUGUCGUUGGACCUCAAGGUGGAAUGGUGGGACAGAUGGUCACGCCACAAAAUAAGUAUGGAUUGCAACAAAGCCAACAAGCUCCAUGGAACCUCUCUCAGAUGAAUCAGCAAAUGGCCGGAAUGAAUCUCAGCAGCUCCAGCAACGUGAUGGGCUUCAGCCAGCCCCCCAGCACAGCGGCAGGGUGGACGGGAAGCUCCUCUGGUCAGACUCUCAGCACGCAGCUGUGGAAAUGAAAGUUGCAAUAGAAGUCUCGCCCAGAACGGCCACCUAACAUUCCUUGUUCAAAUGCGUUUACUUUCACUGUUCCUUCCAUGUACAUACUCUUUUUCUUCUUCCCCAGCUGUUCAGAUUAAGAAUAUAACUGACUGACCGUGUUGUGGUCUAUACUGAUUUAAAUUUGAUGUAGUGAAAAGCAGAUCAAGAAUACAUUUAUACAUCCUUGGCAGCGUUUUCAUACAAUGCAUAUGAUUUCAUAGGCCAUAUAUUUAAGAAGCUGCUUAACCACAUAUUGAUUUAUUUUCCCUCAAAAUUCUAGAUCAAAUGUUUGCAUAUAAGGGAUGUAGCUAUCAUGUUAGUAAUAUCCAAAAAUAUGAACCCUGACCCCCCCCAAAUCACCCAGUAAUCCUGUAGAAGGUACUGUAUGAACAAAUGUUUAAUCAUAUAUAAAUAGAAUGUAAAUGUAUCACUGAGCAAUGUUUUCUAGUGUAUCAAACAAAUUUUGUUUCAUCAUACAUUUCACUGUGAUGUUAUUAUGGUGUGCAUAACAGGGAAUACAGUUAUCGAGAGAAAGAUAAACCUGGAUGUUGCUGUAGUUCUACAAAUCAAUAGUUCAUUCUUUUAAAAAUGAGCAUUUGAUCCGUUUGAGGUCGCUGUGAUAAAGAAUCCAAUCUGGCGCUCGAGGCACGUACACAGUAUUAAUGCCAAGAACUAGUGGCACAGUAUGUACACAAGGGAACUCAAUGUGAACAGAUCUAUUUUUCCUUGCAGAGAUAUCCAGGUUUAUGACAGUGAUUGUGUUUACAUUUUAUGGUGCCUCGUAAUGAUAAAAUGUUAUUUCCCUAUAUUAAAAGGAUAAAUCCAUAAA